UAUUAAUAAUGAAAGACAUAAAAUAAGUCCCAUCCUUUUUGAUAAAAUUGUAUGAGAUUUUAGAAGUAAUUUAUACCCCGCUAUUCAUGAGUCUGAAUAAGCGGUUGUUUGUUGGAAUAAGGAAGGAACAGCCUUUUAUAUUUAAGAUCCUGCAUAAUUAACUGAGCAAAUUCUGCCCCAAUAUUUUAAACAUCGAAACUAUUAGAGUUUUUUAAGGUAAAUAUUGUAUUAUAUUUAUUAGAUAGCUGAAUAUGUAUGGAUUUAAGAAAUUGAAAAAUAUAUAAGGGAAAAAUGAAUUUUAGCAUUAACAAUUUAGAAAGGGAGUUAAGUAUGAGUGAACUUAUUUCAUAAGAAAUAAUCUAUAAAAAAUUAAGCGUCGAAAUCAGGAAGACAUAAAGUAAAGUCUUGAGAUAUUGACUAAAGAGUUUAAAUCAGAAUCGUAUUUAAAUGAGCAUGAGAAAAUGAGAAAGUAGCUAAUUCAAAUACAAUCAGAUUAAGAGAAAUUAUUAUAGGAGAUCAGAUUCUAAAUGGAUCGAAAUAGAAGAUUGUGGAGAGAAACUUAAGAUAUUUCCGAAGUAAUUUUGUCAGAACUUAUAUUUAGAAAAUAAAUUAAAUAAAAAAUUAUUCAUUAUCAAAAUUAAAUAAACUGAUACUUAUAAUAUAGAAGCUUCCUUAAGAUGCUUAAAUAAGUAAGAUGGCAAAGUUGAAAGAUAAAAUAUUAAGAAAAUUGGAAACAAUUGAGAUGGAAAAUUAAGCAAAAGACAUUUCAUUUGAUAAGUAGGAUUCAAACAGUUAUUAUGAACCUAAUUUAACAGGAGUUAAAAGUCCAGCUGGAUAUUCACCUAAAACUAAAUGA